GAAUAAGAAACACAACUGAUCUGAUCUGCAACCCCAUAUAACCUGCAGCUUCUUUCUAUACAUAUAACCAUCUUCCAUUGAAGGCAAGAUAAGGGAAAGCAGCUUUAAUUUCUUCCUCUUUUGCCUCUAAAUUUGCAUCCUUUUGGCCCUCUCCAACACCUUCAAAUUUAGCUUCUUCAGCACAGCCGCCAAUUUUGUAACAUAUAUAAGAGAAGUUUCGUCAUGAAGCACUUGAUUGAGGCCCAGCCAUUCCCUGACAAUAUCUCUAUCGAGGCGUCCACCAGCAGCCAGUCUAAGUACGAUCAGGAAAUCGGCUCUCUUGCGACGUCAAGAAUUAGUGAUGCCCCGAUGAAGAACUCAAUCCUCUGUUUCCGAGCAGGGAUGGAUCAUGAUUUACUACGCAAGGUAACAUACUGUGGCACCAAUCAAGUGAAUUCUAUCUGUGAUUUUAUUUUCUGUAAGAUCCUUUAUUGCUCGUAUCAUGCUGAAGAAUUAUUCCACCAGCUUUUAGCAGAGGCGUUGGGGACAUUCAUUUUGGUUUUCUCCAUCGGUGGGAUCGUUGCAGUGACACAGCUGAUGGGAGGAGGGCCAGUCGGCCUCCUGGAGUACGCCGCCACAGCCGCAUUGUCGGUCGUCGUCAUCGUUUUCUCCAUCGGAGCCAUCUCCGGAGCUCAUGUCAACCCUGCUGUUACAAUUGCCUUUGCAGCUUGUGGCCAGUUUCCAUGGCCAAAGGUCCCCCUUUACCUUCUAGCUCAAGUCAUCGGUUCUGUAAUGGCAGCAUACGGUGGAAAGUUAGUCUACGGCUUAAAAACCGAAACCAUGAUGACCAGACCGCUGCACGGCGUUGGCGCCGCCUUCGGGGUGGAGCUCAUCGCCACCUUCAUCCUCAUGUUCCUGGCUUCCUCCUUGGCAUGGCAAGCUAAAUACGUUUGCCAUGUCGCUGGAUUUGUCAUCGGAAUCGCCAUUGGACUUGCCGUGCUGAUCACAGGGCCUGUCUCAGGAGGGUCGCUGAAUCCGGCGAGGUCCCUGGGACCGGCGAUCGUGUCGUGGAAAUUCGACGGCGUCUGGAUUUAUCUCAUUGCCCCAACCGCCGGAGCAGUUGCCGGAGCAUUCCUAUUUCACGCUCUGCGACUUCAGCGCCACCCCUGCUGUGCCAUUUCCGCCCCCGACGUCGCCCUGCUCCGGCCAGGGAUUGAUCAGUUGUAG